AUGAACACAGAUGGAAGCUCAAAGGGAGAUCCAGGCGAUAGUGGCUUUGGGGGGCUAAUCCGGGAUGAGAAAGGCAUUUGGCUUUGUGGGUAUUUCGACUCCCAAUAUGCUAUUGAUAUGCUAAAAGGGAACAUUGAGGUUACUUCCCCAUUGAGAAGUCUAGUGGAGGAUUCCAAGUUUCUCAUCCAACGAUGUGGGUUUUCGAUUCAACAUGUCAAAAGGAAGGGCAACAAGAGUGCUGAUGGUCUUGCAAAAAUGGGGCUAAUCAAAAUGAGAUGUUGGUUGUUAUGGAUGACCCUCUGUAAGAAAUUCGAGGUCAACUAG